UUCCACCCUCUCACAGCCUUCCGCCCUCGUCUGUCCCCAACCCUGAGUGAGCUGGAGUUCCCCUGUGGAUUCCUUCUGGCAGCACCCCUCUCCGUUGCACUGCGUCCGCUGCGUCGGCCUGCGACCUGCUCCGCACAGUUGAAGCCAUGACUCCAACCCCCUCGCAGAAUCGGCUCCUGGGCCGCCGGGUGUUCGUGGUGGGGGUUGGGAUGACCAAGUUCACGAAGCCUGAAACUGAGAAUUCAAGAGACUACCCUGACUUGGCAAAAGAGGCAGGGCAGAAGGCUUUGGCUGAUGCACAGAUUCCUUAUUCAGCAGUGGAACAGGCCUGUGUUGGCUAUGUUUAUGGUGACUCUACCUGUGGGCAGAGGGCUAUUUAUCACAGUUUGGGACUGACUGGAAUUCCUAUAAUCAAUGUUAAUAACAACUGUUCUACUGGUUCUACUGCAUUGUUUAUGGCCCGGCAGCUGAUUCAAGGUGGUAUGGCGAAUUGUGUCUUGGCUCUUGGGUUUGAGAAGAUGGAGAAGGGAUCCAUUACAUCAAAAUUUACAAAGAAGACUAAUCCAAUUGAUAAACAUGUUGAGGUCCUGAUAAAUAAGUAUGAAUUGUCUCCCCUACCAGUUACUCCUCAAAUGUUUGGGUUUGCUGGAAAAGAGCACAUGGAAAAAUACGGAACAAAAGCUGAACAUUUUGCAAAAAUUGGAUGGAAAAAUCAUAAACACUCGAUUAAUAACCCGUAUUCCCAGUUCCAAAAGGAAUACAGUUUAGAUGAAGUGAGAACUUCUCGAAAAGUUUUUGAUUUUCUUACUGUCUUACAAUGUUGUCCCACUUCAGAUGGUGCCGCAGCAGCAAUUUUGGCUAGUGAAGCAUUUGUAGAGAAGUAUGGCCUUCAAUCUAAAGCUGUGGAAAUUCUGGCACAGGAGAUGGUGACUGAUUUACCAAGUUCAUUUGAAGAAAACAGCAUUAUUAAAAUGGUUGGCUUUGAUAUGAGUAAAGAAGCUGCCAGAAAGUGCUAUGAGAAAUCUGGCCUGAGACCAAGUGAUAUUGAUGUAAUAGAACUUCAUGAUUGCUUUUCUUCCAAUGAACUCAUUACUUAUGAAGCACUGGGACUCUGUCCAGAAGGACAAGGUGGAAAACUGGUUGAUAGAGGAGAUAAUACUUAUGGAGGAAAGUGGGUCAUAAAUCCCAGUGGUGGACUGAUUUCAAAGGGACACCCACUAGGAGCUACAGGUCUGGCUCAAUGCGCUGAGCUCUGCUGGCAGCUGCGAGGGGAAGCCGGGAAAAGACAAGUUCCUGGUGCAAAGGUUGCUCUGCAGCAUAAUUUAGGCAUUGGAGGAGCUGUAGUUGUCACAAUUUACAAGAUGGGUUUUCCCAAGGCUGCCAAAACUCAUAAAAUUGAGGCUGCUCCAGCCAGCUCUGCAGUUGAAGGAUUUAAGGCAAAUCUCAUCUUUAAGGAAAUUCAGAAGAAGCUCGAAGAGGAAGGCGAAGAGUUUGUAAAGAAAAUCGGUGGUAUUUUUGCCUUCAAGGUGAAGGAUGGCCCUGGGGGUCAAGAAGCCACCUGGGUGGUGGAUGUGAAGAAUGGCAAAGGAUCAGUGCUUCCUAACUCAGAUAAGAAGGCUGACUGCACAAUCACAAUGGCUGACUCGGACUUGAUGGCUUUAAUGACUGGUAAAAUGAAUCCUCAGUCGGCCUUCUUUCAAGGCAAACUGAAAGUCACUGGCAACAUGGGUCUGGCUAUGAAGUUACAAAGCCUUCAACUCCAACCGGGCAAAGCUAAACUGUGAAGAACUUCCUGUGCCUACUUUUGAGAAUCAAGAUGAGACUUACAGAUAUAUAUAUCCAUAUAUUUCACUGUCAGAACUUAGACUGAAACCAUACAUUGGCAAAUAGCAUGAGAUUUGUUUUUGAAUGGGUGUGACCAAUCCUGUUUUUCCUAAGCUCUGGGUGAAUAGAGCCAGAUGGUAUACUACUGCUUUGCUGAAGUGCAUACAACUGUGUGUUACAAAGUUAAUAUGAUAAUUAUGGUUUAGGGUAAAAUCGAAUUUCAGAAUAAAAUUAGGGACAGCAAAAUCCAAAAACUAUGUAAACAAAAGCUCUCAUUUUGCUUAUAAAGUAUAUUUAAGGAUUAUUCUGCUGAAGAUUCAAUUUAAGUUUUCCUUGGGAGAACUAGAGAAGAAACAAGGUACUAGAAGCUGGCCAGAAAUUAGUGUUGUGCACUUAAUGACCUUAAUCGAUUUUCCAAUAAUGGUUCUUAAAAUUCUGUACUGGGAUUUAAAAUUUUUAAAUUUUGCAUUUUGUGCCAUCAGAAUGAUAUUUUCUUCCCAAAUUUAAAUAAAAACACGAUCAGAGCUUGGGGAAAAACAUUUAUAGCUGAACACAGCCUAUUUUUAAAAUAAAAAUAUUUUCAAAUUAAUUUCCUUCUUGAAAAAAAUCAAUGUUAAAUCAUUUAACAGUAAAAUUUGCUUUGAGAUGCACAGUAAUUAAAAUUAUAACCUCAUAUUAAUUUAAGGCUAUAAAGCUCUCAGUCCUUUGUUACAAUUUUCCUUUUCAUAUGUUUAAUUAUCCACAUUUAUCUUUCUUCCUACUUUUUCUAAUGCUAAUGUUAUUUCUUAUAACUCAGUAAGAUAUGGGGUAAAAUAAUGCU